CAAUCAACCCCAAAGCAAAGCUUGAACGAGAAGAGAAAGAGAAAGGUUGUUGAAGAAAACAACGAACCCUAACUCGAAUCUAGAGAGAGAAACAAACAAACUUUGCUUCGAUUUCAAGCCCUUUUACCAUUGCAUUUUGGGAUCUCGAAUCUUCAAUCUGCAAAGCGUCACACAUUGCAGCAUUUUGAUUGAUUUUGCUAUAAACGGUAUUGAUUCUGCUUCUAUGGCAAACUCAAAGGGCUCAUCCAGUGUCAGAAAUUUGAUGUAUCCUGGAAAGCAUGCUCUGCUUCCUCCUAAAAGCCCGUUUCCUAGUGUUUCCCAAGCAUAUGCUGAUUAUCUCUCAAUUCCCGGAGUUGGUUCAAAGGCUGUUAACAAAUCUAGAGAAGGAAGCACACACCACCAACGUACUUCAUCUGAGAGCCAUGUUAUUGAGGAACAACCUUCAUGGCUUGAUGAUCUACUUAACGAGCCAGAGACACCUGUCCGAAGGGGUGGUCAUAGGCGUUCAUCAAGUGAUUCUUUUGCAUACAUAGACACAGCUAAUAUGUCUAACAUCACUUAUGCAGACCAGGACGAGUAUAAAUAUAAGAAUUUGAUAUCUACUCCAUCUUGGUCAUCUCAAGACUUUGACCGCAACAAAGAUGCUUAUCAUAUACCCAUGUAUGCAGAAAUGAACUUAGCAAAACAGAAAAAUAGGUCAUGGGACUCUUUUUCAAAUGGGGUGACAAGUCUGGGUGGUGUUCCAUCUGGCAAAGACCAUGUUGCUUUUCAAAGUUCAGGAUCACUGACACCUUGUACACCACAUGAAGCAGAUGGGCUUCCACCAACUGUAAAUGAAAAAAGUGAGUCCAUAAAAUCUGGCUUACAGGAUGCAAGAUCAUCUUUUGAAAGAAAGGAUGGUUCUCAUGCAAAGUCAUCUGCUUCUGAAACAGAUACAAAACGUGCUAAACAGCAAUUUGCUCAACGUUCAAGGGUUCGUAAACUUCAGUACAUAGCUGAGCUGGAAAGAAAUGUACAGGCUUUACAGGCAGAAGGGUCUGAAAUAUCUGCAGAGCUUGAAUUUCUUAACCAGCAGAAUCUUAUCCUGAGUAUGGAGAAUAAAGCACUCAAGCAACGUUUAGAAAGCUUAGCACAGGAGCAGCUUAUCAAAUAUUUGGAGCAGGAAGUACUGGAAAGAGAGAUAGGAAGAUUACGUGGAUUAUAUCAGCAGCAGCUGCAGCCGCAACAACAACCAUCUUCUAGUCAUAGGCGCACAAACAGCAGGGACCUGGAAUCGCAGUUUGCAAACCUUGCUCUAAAGCACAAGGACACCAAUUCAGGGCAUGACCCUGCGACUGGAGCACUCAGAAUUUAGAUCUGCAGUAGCUGUAGCCUUGUUCUGCCUCCACAUUCAACAUGUGUUGCCAUGCCUGUGAUCGAGCUGCUUCCUUCCGACAUGCGGGAUUGUGCAGAGAUUUCUAGCAUAUACCCUCUCUCUGCCCGCCUUGCUGAUUUUUUCAGCCUUCUCUUAGUCUUGUUUUAUAUUUACUUAAAUUAUUGCCAUUUAAUGUGCACCUGGUGGUCAUUGCUGAAUCUCAUUCUAUUUCUCAGUUUACCUACCAGAGGUGGUAAUUCAACAAUUUCAAAGCUUUCACCGCUACUGUGUUUUCAGUAAUUAACUGAACACCCCCCUCAUGUGAAUCUCCAAUGUUGUGGAAUUUGGCCUAGUGCAAAUAGCAAACAUCUCAGGGCUGUUUGAAUGUGCAUUAUUUGUAUGGAUAAUGUUAAGCUUCAUGUUUGUAAUAUGAUUUUAAUGAAGUUCAUGUUUUCUCAA